AUGAUUUUGCAGGACUGCAGCAAGAAUUUUGCAGAUGUUUGCUGCAAACGAUAUUGCGCAUUGGUUUUAGCACGCUGUUUUGCGUGCCGUUUAGACUUCUUUGCGUCCAGUGUCUGCUCAACAUCGCUGAAGCGAUGGCCACUAACUCCAGCAAGCGCGUCCUGAUCACUGGCGCUUCCGGUUUACUGGGUCGCGCCGUUCUGGAAGCGUUCAUCGCGGCGGGUUGGCACAGCACCGGGCUGGCCUUUUCCCGUGCUGAUCGACAUCCCAAUCUGGUCAAGGCUGACCUGUGCGAUCCCGUGGCAAUGGAAAAACUGAUCGAUGAUUUGAAGCCGAACGUCAUUGUCCACUGUGCAGCGGAGCGCAGUCCCGAUGCCGUGGACCAGAAACCGGCCGAGACCUUCCAGCUGAAUGUGCAGUCCACGCAGCAUCUGAGCCAGUGUGCCAAGAAUGUGGGCGCUUUCCUCCUCUACAUCAGCACCGACUAUGUCUUCGACGGCAACGCACCUCCUUACACGGAAGACGCUACCCCGCAUCCCAUUAACAAGUACGGAGAAAGCAAACUGGCCGGCGAAGAAGCUGCCGUUUCAGUUUAUCCAGAUGCUGUGAUUUUGCGGGUGCCAGUUUUAUACGGACCCGUGGAGAAGUUGUCGGAGAGCGCGGUGACUGUGUUGUUUGAGAAGCUGCUGGAAGGGCCAACCGGGAAGCCGGCUGUCAUGUCGCAUUACGAGCGCCGCUAUCCUACGCACGUGGCUGACAUCGCUAAAGCUCUGGUUCUCCUGGCUACGUUGAAAUUACAAGGUGAAGAAAUUCGCGGUGUGUACCACUGGUCCGGCAAAGACUGUCUGACGAAGUACGAGAUGGUGCAGCACAUGUCCAAGAUCUUCGGCCUGCCCAUGGACCACGUGGUCGCCGAUGCCACGAAGCCAACCAGUGGAGCCGCGCGACCGUACGAUGCGGCGCUGAGUUGCAGCCGAUUGGAGAAGCUCGGUGCACCGACGCCCAUGUCCUUUGCCGAUGGGAUCAGCAGCGUUCUUUCGCCAUUUGCUCGCAAGGCUUAAUUAAAUUAAGUGCCCUUUCCGUUGGUAUUCUGAUUUGAUAUGGUCAUGUGUUCACUGAUCGAAAAACUUCAAUACGAGUACGCAGAUUUAUCAGAUUAUUGAACCAAACUACAGAGCUUACAAAAUGGUUUAGCUGUAAAAUUUAUUGUUCUCUUGCCCUACGUUUGCUAAAAAAAACGUAUUCGGUGG